AUGAUCGGCCCGACUGCCACAGUCAACGAGCGGAAGCCUGGAAAUGAGAUGCCUCUGGAAAAGAUCGUUAUAUUUGUCGACAUUCCUGACCCGGACAACCUUUCCAUGAUCAUGUACCUCCUUUCGUACUAUCGCAAGCACGCGCACUUCGAGAAGAUUGCGAUUGUUCUUACACCACGUAUCCUCGAUCUACGCGUUCCGCGGUACGGCAAACACUUCAAGAAGCUGCUGGGCGUCGUGAAUGACGUGAAGGAGCUGAUCAUGCCAAUCACGAAGAAGGAGCAGCUCGAUCAUUUCAAAGACGUGCCACAGGAGCUGAGGAAGUGGUUCUAUGUUGACGAAGAUUAUGACGAGGCGAGCGUACGAGAAGACACGGCGUAUUGUUACAGGUCAGUUUCCAUCAUGCGCAUCGUCCGUGCAUUGACGGAGCAAGGCUAUACACCGAAUGAAUACGACCUCUACUGGGAUGAGAAAUCCCUAAAAGUUGGGAAAGUCGGCGAUCCUGCCAUGCGUCAUGCGUUCCACGUCCAUGACUUCAAGUAUGGCUUCAACGAGGAGGAAAUGAGGCGAUAUGAAAACAUCACUGGUGCCGCGGAGGAGCCUAGCAUUAAGCUCCAUGACAACCUCCAAGAACUUUGCAAAAACUACACCUGUCGAGUUCACGAUGAACUGAAGGAACGUCUCGGGGUGCGCACGGCCUGGGAACUGAUCAAAAGCUUCGAUGAUCUAAUUGAGGAUGGAAAGAAGGGCCUAAAUCCGAACUCCCGAUUCUUUAUCGGUGGACCAUUCACUGAAGCGGCCCGUUACAUAAGGAGCAAUGAGAACAUUGACGGAGGGUGCCCGGUGGAAGUCACCGCCAUGGCAGGCACCAUGACCGCGGAUCGCAACAUCUUCAAGAACCAAUUCAAUAUCCACGCUGAUGUUGAGUCAGCAGAGCGGGUACUUCGAUUUCUGCAAGACCGGCAAAUACCCACGAAAAUCGUGCCGACCGAAGCCAUCAAGGGGGUCCUUGAAAUAUCUACGGAUGAAUACUGCGAAGCCUUCAAGAAGAGUCGCUAUCUCUGCCGGUUGAUUCGGCAGUACGACGAAGACAAAGGUGCCACUGGCAAGUGGUACAAUUUCGACGGGAUCACAGCAAUGACGGUGGACCACGACGACCUAUUCGAGUGGAUACCCGUCAAUGUGAGGAGCGAGAAUGAGAUGGACGAGGAGACAGUUCGGUUGGGGAACACGGAUCCGCGGGUUGUGUUUGAGCAUUCGAACCCAGGGGAAGGUUCCAGUCUGAAGAUGGCGCAACUCAAGGAAGUCACCGAAGAGAAGAAGGGUCGUAUCCUUAAAUAUAUGGCCUCCUGCAUUGUAGAAGACGACGGAGAGAAAUAG